AUGAUCGAUGUAGAAGGGUGGACCUUGACUUUGGAGAGGGAAGCUGUUUUGAAGACAUUCGGAGACCAAUCUUGGUUCAAAACAAUCCUUGGAGUUCCUGGCGACUUCGUCACCCCGCCCCAAACACGCAGCCCCGAGGAGUCCUGUGCUCACGUCCUCGAAGGCCGACACCGCGGGCUGGUGCAGGUGGUGCAGGCGGAGUUCCAGCGCUCCAAAGCGGCCAGCGGCUCGGAUGAUGGCAUCUAUUGUAUUUGGGAUCUCUCAAGGAUGGUUUGUACAUAUUUGGUGGAGGGCUCCUCUCAGAUGUCAGUCUGGUCCAUGGAUAGCUCCUUCGACCUCUCCUUUGCAGCGCUGAGUGGCUCCUUCGAUGGCCAAUUGCACCUUUGGGACGUCCGGGAGGACGUUCCAACCAAGAGCCGCCGAGGACUCUCAGUGUGCGCGUUGGCCGCAGACUUCCGCGCGCGCCGCGCUGUCAGCGGCACUUACGACGGCCACCUGGACGGCUUAGGGAUGGGAGGCUCAGAACCUGUCAGCCGGAGGCCACAAAUCCAAGUAAUCAGUGAUCUCUCAGGUCAGCAGCAGGAAUCCAUCAUGCAGCGGCUGGGUAAGGUGGGCAAUAUCUACUGCUUGGGCCGGAAACUUGGGAGCGGCUCCUUCGGGGAAAUCUACUAUGCCGUGGAUUCACAGACUGGAAAGGAAUUGGCUGUGAAAUUGGAACGCGUCGAUAGCAAGCACCCCAUGCUUCUGUAUGAGGCCAAGCUGUUGAAGCAUUUGGAGGGUGCACCGGGCUUCGCAUCCGUCUAUUUUUCAGAUUCACAAGGUGAUUUUAACAUCAUGGUGAUGGAUCUCCUUGGCCCCUCCUUGGAGGAUUUGUUCAACAUCUGCCGGCGGAGGCAAGGUCCGGUCGAGCAUGAGAGGCGCCGUUUCACAACCACCGACGGUCGGAAGACGAAGCGGCUGAGCAGGAUCGAGUAUUUGCACUCGAAAGACUUCAUUCACCGCGACAUCAAGCCCGAUAACUUCCUCAUCGGCGGCAGCAAGAAGUCCCACAUCUUGUACCUGAUUGACUUUGGCCUGGCCAAGAAGUAUAGGGACUCGAAGUGCAAUCACAUUCCGUACAAGGACAACAAGAGCAUGACAGGCACUGCCCGAUAUGCGUCAGUCAAUGCCCACCGCGGUAUUGAGCAGAGCCGUCGGGAUGAUAUUGAAGCCAUUGGUUACGUGCUCAUUUACUUCAGCCGUGGGCAGCUGCCCUGGCAGGGCUUCCAGGCAGCCACCAAGGAGGAGAAGUAUCAUAAGAUCAUGGAGUGCAAGCAGUCCACCUCUGUGGAGACCUUAUGCAAAGGUUGCCCAUCCAUCUUCAUCCCGUACAUGAACUACGCCAAAGCCUUGAGGUUCGAAGAUCGGCCUGACUACGCCUACUUGCGGCGGCUCUUCAAGGAGCUCUUUUCCAAAGAAGGCUACGAGAACGAUGGCAUCUUUGACUGGUCGCAGCCCACGAUGACCGAGUCCGUGUCCACGGAGCAUUUCCAGAAACAGGUCAUUGAAGCAAAAGAAGAUCACCAUCGAGUGAGGGAAGUCGGUAGUAAGCGUGAGCACCGGCAUUCGGACGAUCAGGCGGGUGUGGAGAUGGGAUCCCCCGUGCGGUGGCAAGGAAGUGCCAAAGAGACGCGCUCCAGGCACGCAGACUCCAUGCGCAGCACGGCCGCGGCGGCGGCCACGGAUCAGCGAUUCCGAAGCGAGAAGAUCUCAGAGGCGAGAAGAUCCGGGCUGGUCAGGGUUGCGACUCGUGUUUGGUCAGGCACAAGGAAAUGCUUUGUGUUUUUGUAA